CAUUAGGCUUGUGGACUGCGGCAUAUCGCGCGUGCGCUGAGUAGCAGUCGGCCUCUUACAGCAGCGAUGGCGGUGGACGGGACCCUGUACACCUACCCUGAGAACUUCCGCGCCUUCAAGGUGCUGGUGGCGGCGCAGUACAGCGGCGCAAAGGUCACCGUCGAUAAGAACUUUGUCUUCGGGGAAACCAACAAGACUGACAGUUUUCUGAAGAAGUUUCCACUGGGCAAGGUGCCAGCGUUUGAGACCAGCGAUGGGCAUUGCAUCUUCGAGAGCAACGCCAUCUCCUGGGCCGUGGCUGAUGACAAGCUGCGCGGCUCCACCCCCAUGGACCAGGCGCAGGUGGUGUCUUGGAUGAGCUUUGCAGACAAUGAGAUCCUGCCAGCGUCCUGCACGUGGGUGUUCCCCUGUAUGGGCAUUAUGCAGUUCAACAAGGGCAACACGGAGCGUGCCAAGGAGGACGUGAAGAAGGCCCUGAGCUCCCUCAACACACACCUGCUGACGAGGACCUUCCGUGGGGAGCGCAUCUCUCUCGCUGAUAUCUCGGUCUGCUGCACCCUCCUGCAUCUCUACCAGUACGUGCUGGAGCCGGCGUUCCGUAAGCCGUACCAGAACACCAAUCGCUGGUUCGCCACCAUGAUCAACCAGCCGCAGGUGAAGGCCGUCAUCGGGGAGCUCAAGCUGUGCGACAAGAUGGCCCAGUUUGACCCCAAGAAGUUUGCCGAGGUGCAGGGCAAGAUUAAGCAGGGCGGUGGUGACAAGCAGGAGAAGAAGGCAGCCAAGAAGGAGCAGCCUAAGAAGGAACAACCUGCCAAGAAGAAGGAAGAGGCUGCCCCUGCUGCUGAGGCCCCUCCUGCACCUAAGCCCAAGGACCCACUUGAUGCUCUGCCUGCUGGCAACUUUGUGAUGGACGACUUCAAACGGUUUUACUCGAACAAUGAUGAGGAGAAAUCCGUGCCUUAUUUCUGGGAGAAGUUUGACCCCGACCACUACUCCAUUUGGUACUGCGAGUACAAAUAUGCCAAUGAACUCUCUAAAAUCUUCAUGACCUGUAACCUGAUCAGCGGCAUGUUCCAGCGCGUUGACAAGCUGAGGAAGAACGCAUUUGCCUCUGUGUGUGUGUUCGGCGAGGACGGGAACAACUGCAUCUCCGGCAUCUGGGUGUGGAGAGGACAGGAGCUGGCCUUCCCGCUGUGUGAGGACUGGACCAUUGAUUACGAGUCCUACAGCUGGGAUAAGCUGGACCCCAAGGCUGACUCCACCAAGGCUUUGGUGGACCAGUACUUCAAAUGGGUAGGCAAGGACAAGAAGGGCCGAGAAUUCAACCAGGGCAAGAUCUUCAAGUGAGCUGGCCCCGCAGACCCGCCCAAUCCCCGCCAAUGCUGCCGCCGCUGCCCUAACACCACAACAACAAGAACAACAACAACAACCACUACUACAGCUACUACCCUAAAUUAAAACACUUCAUUCCCA